AUGCGGGCCCGGUUCACCGCCCUCCGCUUCAAGGACCCUCAAUUCCUGGCGGCGACGGAGAAGGAGGAGGGCACCUCCAUCAAGAAGCGCGCCGCAGGCUGGGCGAAGACCCUUGGGAUGGAGGAGAAGAGUUGGGUGGACUCCCUGACGACGCUCUUCGCCUCCGAGGCGGAGGGUCUGAGGGAGCCGGUGAACUUCGAGGCCGCGCGCCGCGCUCUUCUGUUUCCGUGCUUUUGCCCCUUUCCAGAUAGUGGUCUCGGCAGACGCGGAGACCGUGGAGUUCAAGAUCCGGUGUCGCAAUGGGAAGACGCUGCACGAGCGCAGCCGCUUCCAGAAGGACCGCAAAUGGGGCUACGUCUACAGCGGCGAUUCGGACUUCGCCGAAUGGAAGUGAGCUGCCGCACCCCAACCCCCCCCAAUCACCCGCAGCCCCUCCAAAGCCCGAAGAUGUUCAAAGAGUGCACGCUGCUCCAGAGCCCCCUGAAAGCACCACAGCGACCCGCAGAACCGCUUCCGCGGAGCUUUCGCUCUCGUCGCCACAGCCACCACAGCCGCACCCGCCCCCACCCAGCGGAGCGGCGGGGCGGGAGCGCGAAGUUUUCACAGAGAGAGCCUCAGAUUUUCACUCCGAGCCGAGGGCCGAGAGGAAAAGAGACGCCGACGCACAGCACAGCUGUGCUCCGCUCCUCUGCUGUGAUCUGCGUCGCUUGA